GAAUGGAGCGACAUUGGAGUUCUUCAUGCACUGUUAAUCAAUUCUGUGAUCUAAAUUAUGAAGAAUACUUGAAAAUCAAGCAAAAACCUAAUUCUAUGUAUAAUUUCAAUGACGAGUAUGCAUUACAUCGAUAUGGAUUAUGGAUGCAGAAUGCUAUCAGAAGGAUCAAACGUGCUAGAGAAGCUGGUAAAAAGAUCAGUGCAUGCACAAUUAUACAAAGAAAAUGGUUAGAAAUUUUCUACAGACCUGAAGCUGUUAGGGAAGAAAUGCGUCAG